UAAACUUGAAUAAGCGAUGUCAACCUAUUAUCACAAUUCAAAAAGAUAUGAAUUUGAGUCUAUGAGGUUUAAGUUCUUAUCCCAAAUUGAUGUUUAUUUUGUUGGGGGUUCUAAGGUGUGAAUGGGAAUAGAGAAAAAUUUCACAAGUUACACGCUUUAUAUUUUGGUUAAGCACGCACGCCACGUAGUUAAUGUGGUGCGUAAAAGUCACACCUUUGGAAAGGUUUGGUAUGUAAAGAGAUUCCCAUGGCUGGGGAGUGUGUAGAAGUGAUUUGGCUAAGAGUUCACAGAUUAACUAGGUAUUAGGCCUAUUUUCUACAGUAAACUGUUUUUCCCGUAAACAUUUUGCAGAGAUGGUUGGUGUGUCAUUGAGUCAAUACCCGUAGGAAAAGGACAAUCCAUUAAAUUCACAUCAGAAAUUGUCAACAUGAUACAAAAUCCUGCCCUUAUAUUCUCAGAGCUAAACAUAUCAGCCCAAGUAAUUUUUCAGUAUUGCAGGUAUCAAAUGCACAAGAAGUACUCAGAAACAUAGUAAGCUGUAGACGUAGAAGCAAAAUGGCCACUUAACAAAUCAUUUGAGACAUGGGUCCAGCAAUUAAUUGACACCCAAUUGAAAAGUAAACGGAUGAGAACAUAAAAAAGAUAAGUAUCCAAGAACCUUAUUUGACUAAAGGAAAAGAAAGGUCAUCCUUGAGGUUCUCAGCUCUUACACUUCAAAUGAUAAGACUGUACCUUUUGGAAGUAAAGAAGUUAGAAUGAGCAUAUCUAUGCUUUUUCAUCUUUUACUCUAUUGUUUUUAUGUAGUUUUUUCCAGUGCCAAUACUUCAGACACCAUUAGCAGUAGUGAGCCUGUGAGAGACUCAGAAACUGUAUUUUCUAGAGGCAAAAGAUUUAAACUGGGUUUUUUUAGCCCCAGGAAUUCUGCAAAACGUUAUGUAGGGAUUAUGUUUAACCUACCAUCACCAACACCAACUGUAGUAUGGGUAGCUAACAGAGAUGAGCCUUUACACGAUUCUAGUGGAAUACUCACAAUAUCAGAAGAUAGCAAUCUUGUCAUGUUGAAUGGACAGAAGGAGAUAAUUUGGUCAUCCAGUAUUUCAAACUCUAUGAAGAAUUCCACAGCACAACUCUUGGACACUGGAAACUUAGUCUUGAAAGACAGCUCAAAUGGGAGAGUUCUAUGGGAAAGCUUUCAAUAUCCUACGGAUUCUCUCUUACAGCUCAUGAAAAUGGGCACUGAUAAGCGUACUAACACAACAACUCUCCUGAACUCAUGGGGGAGUCCUGAUGAUCCAUCCGUUGGGAGCUUUUCAGCUGGAAUUCAACAUCGAUACAUUCCUCAGUUUCUUAUUUGGAAAAACAGUUCUCCUUACUGGCGGGGCGGUCCAUGGAAUAAACAGAUAUACAUAGGAUUACCAGAAAUGAAUUCUUUCUAUCUCUAUGGUAUUGACCUAGUAAUUGAUAAUGCUGGCACAGCAUACCAAACUUAUUCAGACCCAAAUCAGUCUAGGAUACUCUAUUAUUCCUUGAAUUCAACAGGGUCUUACCAGGAGAAGGUUUGGGAUCAAAGUAAGAAGGAUUGGGUGGUAACAUGGGCAAAUCCCCGAACAGAGUGUGAUUUUUAUGCCAAGUGUGGGACAUAUGGAAGCUGUAAUCCAAUGAAUUCUCCAAUAUGCAGUUGUAUACAAGGUUUCAAACCAAAAAAUGAUGGAGAAUGGAAGAAGGGAGAUUGGUCUGGUGGAUGCAUCAGAAGUACUGCACUAGACUGUGAAAGGAACAAAACUGAUAUUGAGAAGGACAAGCAGGACGGGUUUCUGAAGCUGCAGACAAUGGGAGUGCCAGAUUUUGUAAUUUCGGUACCUUCUGCAAAAAAAGACUGUGAGAGUGACUGUUUGAGUAACUGUUCCUGCACUGCAUAUUCAUACUACAGAGGCAUAGGUUGUAUGCAUUGGAAUAGAAGCUUAGUUGAUAUUCAAGAAUACUCCAGGGAUGGGGCGGCUAGUUUGUUCAUUCGCCUUGCCUACUCUGAACUUGCUGCAAAUGACAAGAAAGACAUUCCUGUAGCAGCUAUUGCAACCACAGUCUCAAUAGGCUCAAUAACAGUUAUCUUGUGUGGAUAUCUUUUCUGGAAAUUGUUGGCUAAGCACAGAGAAAGGAAGAGGAAAAAUGAAGCACUCUUAAGAGAAGCAUCUCCAAAAUUUUACCAAGAAGGCAUGAGUAAAGAUGACAUCAAUCAAGUCAAAAUUGAAGACAUCACCUUGUACAGAUUUGACAUGUUAGCGAAUGCCACUGACAGUUUUCACCCAGCUAGCAAGCUGGGGCAAGGAGGCUUUGGUCCAGUCUACAAAGGACAAUUGCCAGAUGGACAAGAAAUUGCAGUAAAAAGGCUUUCACAGUCUUCUGGUCAGGGGCUACAGGAGUUUAUGAAUGAGGUCGUUGUGAUUUCUAGACUACAACAUCGUAAUCUUGUUAGACUCCUUGGCUGUUGCACAGAGAGAGGGGAAAAGAUGCUGAUUUAUGAUUUCAUGCCAAAUAGAAGCUUAGAUGCAUAUCUUUUUGGUUCACACCAGGAAAAGUUCCUUGAUUGGAGUAAACGAGCCAUCAUUAUUGAAGGAACUGGUCGAGGCCUCCUUUACCUUCACAGAGACUCAAGACUACGAAUUAUUCAUAGAGAUCUGAAGGCAAGCAACAUCCUGUUGGAUGAAUACCUAAACCCAAAAAUUUCGGAUUUUGGCAUGGCGAGGAUUUUUGGAGGCAAUCAAGAUCAGGCCAGCACUAUAAGAGUUGUUGGCACAUAUGGUUACAUGGCCCCUGAAUAUGCAAUGUACGGAAGAUUCUCAGAAAAAUCAGAUGUCUACAGCUUCGGUGUGUUGAUCUUGGAAAUUGUCAGUGGAAGGAAGAACUCUAGUUUUUAUGAUGAUGAAGAUGAACUGACUCUACUUGCAUAUGCAUGGAAGUUGUGGAAUGAAAACAAUAUCAUAAAAUUGAUAGACCCCAAAAUAUUUGAUUCAAGCUUUGAAAAACAGAUGGUGAGAUGUGGACAUAUUGGAUUAUUAUGUGUUCAAGAAUAUGCAGAAGAUAGGCCAAAUGUCUCCACAGUUCUGUCAAUGCUCACUAGUGAUAUUGCUGAACUACCUACUCCUAAACAACCUGCAUUUACCGGAGGACAUGCUUCACCACAGCAAGUAUCUUCUAAAAGCCAAGGGUCCGUGAAUGCUGAUACCAUUACUAUAUUGGAACCACGAUAGGAUACAGAGUUUUCAACAGGCAGGCAAAGAUCAUUACUUUCCUUAAAAUGGUAACAGUAGCAUAGUAUUUCUUGAAUGUGCAUAGGGUAAAACACGCUCCUUUGCAAUAACUUGCAAAACACACAAAAGAGGUAAAAGUGCACUAGCUAUGUGAUGAAUUAAUUACAGAGUGAGCAUGGAGAACAUGAAA